AUGACGGUAAGGGAAGGCUUCAAACGGUACGCGGUAAGCUUGCAGUACCGUGGCCCUCCGUUCCUGGGAUUUUCUUGGCAGCGGACGCAAGAAGACUGUAUUUUGCCCAACGGAACAGAUCUAAGAGGUCGCCAAUCGGUAGAAGGGCGGUUGCGGGAAGCCUUGGACAAGCUAGUAGGUCGCGAUGGAUACGAUAAAAUUCAGGUCAGCAGUCGAACUGAUCGUGGUGUGCAUGCCUUAAAAAACACGUGCCAUAUAGAUGUGCGAACAAGUUUUCCGGAUGAGUCAGGGAACGUAUUGACGCCAUAUUCGAGGACUUUAUUUGAAGGACUGCAAUAUUACAUAGCAAAGCAGGCCAGCACGGCUGUUGAACAGGGAGGAAAGGGUCUAGAAGUAUCAAAGCGAAGAAGCAUUGAUCUAAAAGACGUUCUUUCUGGAAAAGAGCGCUUUCCGGCCGUUCAACAAUUCCAAAUAAAAGACAUGCGACUGCUGAACAUCAGGGAAGCUCCGCAUUUCAUGGACAAUCCACUUUACGAUGUUCAAUCCACAAUUCAGCCAAACAAAGUGCGCUGGGAUGCACGAUUUAGUGCUACACAACGGACUUACCUUUAUAGGAUACUUCACAUGUGCAACGAUACAGAUUGGGCGGUACCUUUUGAGUGGAAUCGAUCUUGGCGAAUCAGAAAUUCCAUCCCUUUGGAUUUGGAGGCGAUGCAGAGAGCAGCCAAAUAUUUGACAGGGACACACGACUUUACAUCGUUUCGUGCAUCUGGCUGCAGUCGAUAUUCGCCGGUGGUGACGUUGAAUCAAAUUUGUGUUCAGAGCCAACCGUACGGCAUAGCUGGACUAUCGGGUACCUUCGCAAAAGAAUGUGCCUUGUUCGGCAUACCUACGACCAUUGACCCGUUGUGUUUGACAACGAUUUCUUUUCAGGGAAAUUCGUUCCUUUACCGACAAGUUAGAAAUAUGGUGGGAUACUUGGUGGCUGUUGGCAAGGGUUGGAUUAACUGUGAAGAUACAGUCGCAGUAUUGAAUGCUCGUGACCGAACCAAGGCGCAGUCUACAGCACCAGCUCAUGGACUGUUUCUGGUGGAUGUGAAGCACGGGGACUUUGAGAUAUAAUUGGUUAAAGUAUAUAAUAUACCGAGGAUUCUUCAAUGAACAUUUUAAGAUUUGUC